AUGGCUAAACCCAAAGACAAAAAGAAAACUAAGGAAUUAACCAGCGAAAAAGCUUUGGAAUUGUACAAAAACACCAUAACGUUCAAUGUUCUCAGCAGAUAUGAUCCCUCCAUCAAAAGACUCCUAUAUCAAACGUCAUAUUGUGUGAUAUAUAACUUCGAUCAAGAAACUGAAGAAUGGAAUAAGUCAGAUUAUCAAGGAAGUUUAUCGUUAUACAUCCGAGAAUUCAAAGUUCCUACCACCAACCAGCCCAACCUUCAAGACUUACAAAAUCUUUUCUGUUAUGGAUUGGUAUUAUUGAAUCGUUCCAGUCCCGAUUUAUUUUCAAUAGGUUUAGUACCAAAUAACGUUUCCAAUCAUUAUUUCCCUCAAGGAUUAGGUAAUGGGGUGACAAGUAUGGAUGUAGAGUUGAAUGAUUCGUUGAUUAUAGUGAAAAAUUUAACAGGAGAGAUCUUUGGAUUAUGGGUGUUUAAUGAAGUUGAUAGAUUAAAGUUGUAUAAAUUAUUGGUAUUUUGCUUGACGAAUGAUUCGUCUGAUUUAUAG